AUGGAAGCUUGUCACUCUUCCCAGCAAUCCAAUGUCACUUCAUAUGGGGUCAUGGCUUUGGCCAUCAUGUCCCUGGAGGUGUUUGCUGGCAUGUGGAUAAAUGCUUUCAUCAUUUGUGUGCUUUGCAUUACCUGGGUGAAAAAGAAAACCCUGAACUCUAAUGAGAAGAUCUUGCUGCUGCUGGGAUGCUCCAGGUUUUGCUAUUUAUGCAUCACAUGGGUAUAUAAAUUCCUUUCAUUUAUUUAUCCCAAUUGCCUUUAUGUUCAACCCACAUUUCAAGGAAUUAUAUUUCUUCAAAGUUUUUUUACUUGUUCCAACUUGUGGGUUUCAGCCUGCCUUUCUGUUUUUUAUUGUAUAAAGAUUGCCAAUUUCAGGAACCGGUUCUUCAUCUACCUGAAAGUAAAAACAGACCGGAUUGUACCCCGGCUUUUGUUGGCAUCAUUGCUCUCAGCCUUGGUUAUCAGCAUCAUUGCCUGUGACUUGGCUGUUACAAGGCUCAGGAACAGCCACAAUUCCACCGGGCAAGGAAAUUCUUCAAAACUAAGUGGCGAAAUGGAUGAAAUUUUUUUCCAGACAUACUUAAUCUAUGGCUUUGGAUUUGCCAUUUCUUUCACAGCAGUCAUCUGUUCUACCCUUCUCCUUCUCUUUUCUCUUUGGAGACACAAAUGCAAGAUGCAGAAAAACUCCAUGAACAGCCUCAGCGUGGAUGCCCACAUCAAAGCAAUGAAAUCUAUUCUCUCCUUUUUUAUAAUAUAUAGUAUGAACUUUAUGUUUUUGAUCCUGUCACGAAAUAAGUCAACAAAUGGAGGAAAUUAUGUAAUGUUUCUUAGUUUAAUAUUUCUGUGUGCUUUUCCAAGUGUUCAUUCCCUUAUUCUGAUUUUCAGCAAUCCCAAGAUGGAAAAGACGCUGAUAAAGAUUCUAUGCUGUGUGAAGUGCAAGCUUUGCAUAAGGUAGAAACUAUAACAUAUGGUGGAGCCCACACAAAAUCUUGAUAUUUCACUAUAAGACAAAAGUCAGUUUAUCUUUAAUGCAACUCUCUGGGCAGUGUAGAUGAUACAGAUGUUCUC